CCAACUUCCGGUUUUAGUGGCAGUGAUUUCCGGUGAAAGUCCAGACACGCAGACAUGCCACUUGCUAAGGAUCUCCUAAAUCCAUCCCCGGAGGAGGAAAAAAGGAGACACAAGAAGAAACGUCUUGUCCAAUGUCCCAACUCUUACUUUAUGGAUGUCAAAUGUCCAGGUUGCUACAAAAUCACCACCGUGUUCAGCCAUGCUCAGACAGUAGUGCUGUGCGUCGGCUGCUCCACAGUCCUCUGUCAGCCCACGGGAGGGAAGGCCAGACUCACAGAAGGUUGUUCAUUCAGGAGGAAACAGCAUUAGAGAGAUGAUGAGCAUUGGACGUAGUUGUUGAG